AUGUAUUCUGGAAACGCUAGGAAUUUUAUAAAAUUGCAAAUUCAAACUUUCAAAAUUCCGUUAACAAUGAAACUAGUGGACCAAGUGGUCCGUAGCUUUAAAGUAGCAAAAGUAUUUAGAGAAAACUCAGAUAAAAUAAACAGUAUUGAUUUUUCAGCAACUGGGGAUACUCUAAUUUCCUGCAGUGAAGAUGAUCAAAUUGUCAUUUAUGACUGUGAGAAAGGAACACAAAUGCGAACUGUAAAUAGCAAAAAAUACGGGGUUGAUUUAAUUCAUUUUACACACGCUAAAAAUACUGCUAUUCAUAGUUCUACUAAAGUGGAUGACACUAUCAGAUACUUGUCAUUACAUGAUAACAAAUUCAUUAGAUAUUUUCCCGGGCAUACAAAGAAAGUAGUGUCAUUAUGUAUAUCUCCUGUGGAAGAUACAUUUUUAUCUGCAUCUUUAGAUAAAACUUUAAGGCUGUGGGACCUCAGGUCUCCCAAUUGUCAAGGGUUAAUGCAUUUGUCUGGUCGACCUGUUGCUGCUUAUGACCCAGAAGGCUUAAUUUUUGCCGCUGGAGUUAAUUCAGACAGUGUAAAAUUGUAUGACUUAAGAUCUUUUGAUAAAGGUCCAUUUAUUACAUUUAAGUUAAACCAAGAAAAGGAAUGUGAUUGGACAGGUUUAAAGUUUAGUAGAGAUGGGAAAACAAUAUUAAUAUCAACAAACGGCUCAAUUAUUCGUUUAAUUGAUGCAUUCCAAGGAACACCGUUACAAACAUUUACUGGUCACUUAAAUAAUAAAGGAAUACCAAUUGAGGCAUCUUUUAGUCCAGAUUCACAAUUUGUAUUUAGUGGUUCAACUGAUGGGCGUGUUCAUGUUUGGAAUGCUGAGACUGGUUAUAAAGUUUGUGUUCUUAAUGCCAAUCAUCCUGGACCAGUACAGUGUGUUCAAUUUAAUCCCAAAUACAUGAUGCUCGCAUCUGCUUGUACAAAUAUGGCCUUCUGGCUUCCUACUGUUAAUGAUUCAUAA